CGCUGAGCAGGGAGACAUGGCGACGUCCCUGAUCUGCGGCCGUCUGACGGCUAGCCUGAGAACUUCAGGGGCCAGAAACACUCUCAGCUCCGCGUCCAAGGUUGUGGCUGGCUCUGCGGGUCUGCUGGGCGGCCAUGCGGCCCCCCUCCAGCAGCAGCAGCAGAGGAACCUCUCCCUGCACGAGUACAUGAGCAUCGGCCUGCUGAAGGAAGCCGGCAUCUCCGUGCCGGCCGGCAUGGUGGCCAGCUCCUCGGAGGAGGCGUACUCCGUGGCCAAGCAGAUCGGAUCCAAGGACCUGGUGGUGAAAGCCCAGGUUCUGGCCGGAGGCAGAGGGAAGGGGACGUUUGAGGGCGGACUGAAGGGCGGCGUGAGGAUCGUCUAUUCACCCGAGGAGGCCCGGGACAUUUCCUCCCAGAUGAUUGGUCGGAAGCUCUACACCAAGCAGACCGGGGAGGCGGGGCGCAUCUGCAACCAGGUGUUCAUCUGUGAGCGCCGGUACCCGCGCAGGGAGUACUACUUCGCCAUCACCAUGGAGAGGUCGUUUCAGGGCCCCGUGCUGAUCGGCAGCUCGCAGGGCGGCGUCAACAUCGAGGACGUGGCGGCGGAAAAUCCAGACGCCAUCGUGAAGGAGCCCAUCGACAUCGUGGAGGGCAUCAAGAUGGAGCAGGCCGUCAAGGUCGCUCAGAAGAUGGGUUUCCCUCCGGCGCUGAUCAACGAGGCGGCCGAGAACAUGAUCAAACUCUACAACGUCUUCAUCAAGUACGACGCCUCCAUGGUGGAGAUCAACCCCAUGGUGGAGGACUCGUCUGGCAUCGUCAUGUGCAUGGACGCCAAGAUCAACUUCGACUCCAACGCAGCGUACCGCCAGAAGAAGGUGUUCGACAUGCAGGACUGGACCCAGGAGGACCCCCGGGACCGCCAGGCUGCCAGGGCGGAUCUCAACUACAUCGGCCUGGACGGGACCAUCGGCUGUCUGGUGAACGGCGCCGGUCUGGCCAUGGCCACCAUGGACAUCAUCAAGCUGCACGGCGGGACGCCGGCCAACUUCCUGGACGUCGGGGGCGGAGCUACGGCUCAUCAGGUGACCGAGGCGUUCAAACUCAUCACCUCGGACAGAAAGGUUCAGGCCAUCCUGGUGAACAUCUUCGGAGGCAUCAUGCGGUGCGACGUUAUCGCUCAGGGCAUCAUCAUGGCGGUGAGGGACCUGGACCUGAAGAUCCCCAUCGUGGUGCGGCUACAAGGAACGAGAGUGGACGACGCCAAAGCUCUGAUCGCUGCCAGCCCGCUCAAGAUCCUGGCCUGUGACGACCUGGAUGAGGCUGCUAAAAUGGUUGUAAAGCUUUCUGAGAUCGUCUCUCUGGCAAAGGAAGCUCAGGUGGACAUCACCUUCCAGCUUCCCAUCUGAAGAGGACGGAACACACUGAAUGACCUUCUCACCCCCCCGCCCCGCCCCGCCCCUGCCCCUCUCUACCGCCCCGAGUGAGACGGCAAACCCCUUUAGGAGUUUCUUCAUGUCUUUUCUGUGGCGCGAUGGCACAACUGUAUGGGUUUGAGUCGGAUCAGGAGCGAGAACCCCUGUCCCGAUGACUCCGCCCCCUGUCCCGAUGACUCCGCCCCCUAUCCCGCUGACCCCGCCCCCUGUCCCAAUGACUCCGCCCCCUGUCCCGAUGACCCCCACCACCAUACAAGCUCCAGUCGAUACGCACAAUCCUCUGUCUUUAACCCCUCGUGUGUGUGUGUGUGUGUGUGUGUGUGUGUGUGUGUGUGUGUGUGUGUGUGUGUGUGUGUGUGUGUGUGUGUGUGUGUGUGUGUGUGUGUGUGUGUGUGUGUCAAUAGGAAUGUUACAGAAUAAAGAAUGUUGCCUCCUUCUCCUCCUGAAUAACCAAACAAAAACUCAGACACUGAGAUUUGAAUCCCCCCUCCUCCCCCUCCUCCCCCUCCUCUUCCUCCUCUUCCUCAUCCUGCGGUUCACAGCUGGUUUAUUUCUCGCCACACAGCAGGGUUUUUUUUCUUUCUCUGGAGAAACGACGCAGUGACCGUUCAGGUUUGUGAAAUUAAACUGUAAUUAAAGAAAAUCUUCCUACAGAAACUCACAUCGAUAAUCUAUUUCCUGCACAAACUCAAAAUCUCUGCCAGCCACAUUUGUUGAGUUUGUGGAAAGAUCCCAGUUCCUGCUGGGAACCGGUUUAUCUGAACGCCACUGAACUGGGAUUCUGAGAUACUGAGUCCGUCAGGUUGGAGCUCCUCCAUCAGGAAUGGUGUCUCUAAUGCUGCUCUGAUGGAAAUGAGGAUAACACCAUUAGCUUAAUUAGCUUAGCAUACACAGCUAAUGCUCACAGCUGUAUUUCAACACAAGCUCCAGAUUCUCAGAUUUUUUUAUUUUAUUUCAACCUCCUAACUGGGAAACAGAACUUUACCAACUGUAAUAUCUCCAGUUCCCAGCUGCAUUUUCCCCCUUUUGUACAAACAAGGUCCGUACAUCUCAUUAAACUUGAACUUCUUACUGACUUCAUUUGGAGUGUGUUGAGAUCUUCACAUUAAAAGGUUGUUUUUUUUUUUUUUUUUUAAUUUUUAUUCUGUCAUUUUCAAAUAGAGACUUGUUGGUAAAAGCUUUAGAAGUGUAAACGGUGUUUUCUCAGACUGAACUCACAGACCUUCUCCAAACUUGGCGUCAUGCAUUAAAAGCCAGUCUGUUGUGGAUGAUGGAAGUCUCAGAGAUGACAGAGGAAGUGGAGACACUGUAAAUUCAACCUGUUCAUUUGAGGUUUUCCUUUCGAUGGAGAGAAUCUGCUGCCAUCGCGCCACAGUUCAACCCUUCAGUCUGCUGAGUCACAGCAGGAGGCCUGCUCACUCCUCCCCCUCCCCCUCCUCCUCUUCCUCCUCCUCCUCCUCCUCUAGCACUCUGAACACAUUGUGAGUUGUACGUCAUUUAUCUUGUAAAUAACCCAACAGAUGUUCUCACUCUGUAAAAUAUUUAUGCUCCUCGCAGAGAGUAAAGCAAAAGGAAUAAACGCAGAGAACAGGA